GUUCUUGUUUUAUGUGCCAUAAACCUUGAACCAGAAUGCCUCUCACCGACUUUUUCAAAGAUAAGUGCAUCUUUAUUACCGGAGGAUCUGGUUUCAUAGGAAGAGUGCUGAUAGAAAAACUAUUAAGAUCUUGUCAUGGACUCGAGAAAAUUUACGUACUUUUAAGAGAAAAGAAAAGCAAAACACCCGAGAAGAGGAUUAAAGAAAUCGUCGACUGUGAGUUGUUCGAUACUUUAAAGAAGAUUAAUCCUGCAGCUCUUAAGAAACUGAUACCGAUAUGUGGAGACGUAUCAAAACCCAAACUUGGUUUAACGGAGGAAGACACCAAAAUUCUUACUGAAAACGUAGAUAUUAUUUACCAUGCAGCAGCUUCAGUUAGAUUUGAUGAUCAUCUGAAAGAAGGAGUACUGCUGAACACAAGAGGAACUAAAGAAGUAGUAGACAUAGCACUGCAAGCAAAAAAGUUGAUAACGUUGGUGCAUAUAUCAACUUCGUAUUGUAAUUCCGAUAGAAUCGAAAUAGACGAAAAGUUAUAUCCCCCACAUGCUGACUGGAGAAGUACUAUAGCACUGGCUGAACAAAUUGAUCAACACACUUUAAAUAUUUUUUCACCGCAAUAUAUUCAUCCUUUACCGAAUACUUACACGUUUGCAAAAUCUUUAUCUGAACACGUCGUCAAUGAUUUGUGCAAAGGGAAACUACUUGCAACGAUUGUAAGGCCUUCAAUUGUUAUUCCUUCCAUAGACGAUCCAAUGGUUGGUUGGGUAGAUAACUUCAAUGGUCCGUUAGGUCUACUCAGUGCUGGAGGAAAAGGUAUAUUAAAAAUAAGUUAUGGAGAUGAAAAUACUGUAUUGGACUGCAUUCCGGUGGACAUCUUGGUUAAGUUUUUACUUCUGAUUACCUACAAAACUACAUUAUCUAAUGAUCUAAAUGAGGUACCAGUAUACAAUGCUACUGCUGAUGAUAGCACCAAAAUCGUAAAAACCAAAAACUUAAUUGAGUUAGGAGCAAAUUUAACCUGGGAUGCACCAUAUUCAAAUUUAUUUUGGUACCCUUCGUUUUCCAUGACAAAUAACUGGUACAAAUAUUAUUUCCUUUUUCUUUUAUAUCACAUGGUACCGGCGAUGGUUGCUGAUGGUUUCCUAAAGGCUGCAGGGGCAAAACCGAUGUUCGUAAAAAUUCAGCGAAAAAUAUAUGUGGCGAAUAUGGCGCUAAUAUAUUUUAUGCGAAAUACAUGGAAGUUCAAAAAUGAAAAGAGUAAAGCUUUACAAAAAUAUAUAGAGGAAUCCGAAAUUAAAACUUUUUCGUUUGCUCACUAUUUAGAUGUCAACUUUGAAGAUGUAUAUGGGUAUUACCUUAAAGCGAAAAUAGCAACCUCCAGGUUAUUAUUUCACAAAGAUUUUAACAGAGAAAAGGGAUUUAGAAUCACAAUGAUACUAUGGAUAAUGGAUAAUUUAUUGCACAUUACCGUUUUUGGCUUACUGAGUUGGUAUUUCAUAGCAAAAUUAAAAUUUUUAACUAUUUGUAGCAGUUUGGUAAAUUCCUACAUAAUUUAUUUAAACGAAUUGUAAAUUUUUUAGUUAAUCAUUGUAUUUGCGUAUAUAAUAAAAAA